UCCCUUCAUAUAAAAAGCGCGCACGUGGUUUCAUCCUCUUGAACUUGGAAGCUUAGACUAUAAAGUCCACCAACUUCCCUCAGAGUCACCAGACAAGAGAAACACGGACUGGAUGUAGCAGAAACAAAAAGAAGGGGAACCUAAAAACAGGUUUUCUAACAGGUGCUGUCUUCUGUCUCCAACAGGAAAAGAAACACAAUGGAGUUUAAACCUUUAUUAAAGAAGCUGCUGUCAAUCCUCCGCACCAUCCUCACCUUCCUCUUCGCUCUGGUGGUCCUGUGUGUGAUGAUUUGGGCCUAUGUGGCAGGUUUUCAGAUUGCGACCUCUCCAUAUGGAAUCAUCUCCUUUGGCUUUUACGGACUGCUUCUUACACUGCACGUGCUGGUCCAGAGCUUAUUCGCCUUCAUUGAGCACCGGCGGAUGAAAUCUCGCACAGAGGAGUGCUCCUUCACCAAAACCAUUGGCUUCACCAUAUCGGCUUACCAGGAGGACCCCGUCUAUCUGAGAGAGUGCCUUAACUCCAUCAGGGCCCUCAAGUACCCGCCUGAGCUGCUGCGCAUCAUCAUGGUGAUAGACGGGAACUCAGAUGAUGACCGAUAUAUGAUGGAUAUGUUCAGAGAGGUGUUUGCUGACCAAGACCCCGGCUUUUUUGUGUGGAAGAACAAUUACCACACGUGGGACCCGAUGCAGUCCGAGCAAGAUAUGGAAAUGGGACCAGCAGUGAGCCCAGAGGAUGCUGAUUAUGUAAUGGUAGAGGAUCCUCAGAGAAAAGAGGUAGAGCGCCUAAUCAAGACAACAAGGUGUGUGUGCAUCAUGCAGAAGUGGGGCGGCAAGCGGGAGGUGAUGUACACAGCGUUCAAAGCUCUUGGGGAUUCAGUGGACUACAUACAGGUGUGUGACUCGGACACUAAGCUGGACCCUCUGGCCACAGUGGAGCUGUGUAAAGUGUUGGAGAGCAACCAGAAGUACGGCGCUGUGGGGGGCGACGUGAUGAUCCUCAACCAGAAAGACUCUUACAUCAGCUUCAUGAGCAGCCUCAGGUACUGGAUGGCUUUCAACAUCGAGAGGUCCUGCCAAUCCUUCUUCAACUGUGUGUCCUGCAUCAGUGGCCCUCUGGGUCUGUAUAGGAACGACCUCCUCCAGACGUUUCUGGAGUCAUGGUAUAAUCAGACGUUUUUGGGAAGUCACUGCACGUUCGGGGACGACAGACAUCUUACCAACCGCAUGUUGAGCAUUGGCUAUGCCACAAAAUACACUGCUCGCUCUAAAUGCUACACAGAAACACCUGCUCAGUUUCUGCGCUGGCUCAACCAGCAGACCCGCUGGACUAAAUCUUACUUCCGAGAGUGGCUCUACAAUGCAAUGUGGUGGCACAAGCACCACCUGUGGAUGACCUACGAGUCCAUCGUCUCAGGUAUUUUCCCCUUCUUUGUCACCGCCACCAUCAUCCAGCUGUUCUGGACCGGCACGCUGUGGGACAUCCUGUGGAUCCUGUGCUGCAUCCAGCUGAUUGGGCUGGUGAAAGCAGCCUACGCCUGCAUCCUACGUAGAGACUUUGUGAUGGUAUUCAUGUCCCUGUACUCGGCUCUUUACAUGACCAGUCUGCUGCCUGCAAAGUAUUUUGCCAUUCUCACCAUGAACAAAAGCAGCUGGGGGACAUCGGGCAGGCGUAAGAUUGUAGGGAACUAUAUGCCCCUCCUCCCUCUGUCAGUGUGGUCAGCCAUUUUGCUUGGAGGGAUGGGUUACACAAUCUACAAGGAAAGUCAGAUGGACUGGUCAACUGCAGCCAAGAAAGCAGAGAUUGAUUUUCUUGUCUUUGGGUGUGUUGCCUACGUAUGCUACUGGCUGUUUAUGAUAAGCCUUUAUUGGGUGUGGUUUCGUAGGGCUAUAAGAACACGCUCCAAAAGUUACUCAUUGAAUGUGUAGGUUUAGAUUGUCCAGUGAAGAAGGAGGUAGAUAAAUUAUUGAAAUUUAACCAUAUAUCUUAUUUCAUUUAUUUAUUUUGACAUAUAUUAAAGUAACUGUUGGAGUGGGUUUUUUUUUGCAGCUGCUAAAAAAAAGGAAAGAAAAAGGAGUAGAGCACUUUUUAAAAACAGACGAAAAAAUCAGUAAAAACUGUUAGGUUGAGUGUUUAGGACAAAUGAUUCAUAUGGAGAUGUUGUUGCACAUUAAAACGAAAACAGUACUGAGGGCCUCAGGCCCAGGCACUUCUCAGGUUUCUUUAGGACAGAUUUUUGUGGCAGAGAUGACCUUCCAUCAGAUAUUAAUUCCUCACAUCCAAAGAUCUGAAAGUGCUAUUUAGAUAACAUCUAUUAUUUUGUAUUUUAGGGUGAGGGUAAUGGAUCUUGUGUUGUGUUUUUGGUAAUUAUAAACUUCACUUACGAGCUUUACUGGGUCACUUUAGCGACCAUUACUUCACCACUGUUGUUGUUAUUGCACUGGAUCCUUGAAGGCACUUUCUACACUUCUGCAGACCUACUUGAACAUGCAGAAAUGGCAGUUGAAGUACUGCACAGUGGGAACGAUUUACAAAUAGAAAAAAAGAAACCUUACCUCUGUGAGAAAACUGAACAAUCAUAAAGAUGCUGUGGCUAAAGACUGAAAUAUGUUGUCACUUACUGCAGCCUGGAACAAUGCUGACAGAUGCUUCUUUAAAUAUUGUAUUUUUGAUCUAUUUGCUGUUUCCCUACUCUCUUUAUGGUAUGGGUGUACUGUGUAUGAUGCACUUUGUUUAACUUGAUAUUACAGAAGAGAAUGGACAGAAACAUGUCAAUUUUUAUAUAUAUUAUCUCAGCAGUAUACAUGCUGUGAGGGCUGGAAGUUGACUGAAAAUGUGAACAAAAAAAAACAACGAUGGUUUGGGGAUCUUGUAUAUACAAAAAUAAAAUAUUUUUCUAAUAUGAA